AUGGCGGAAAGUGAGAGUGUAGAUAAAGAGAUAAGAUCGGUGGUUUCGAGCUGCGAAGCGUAUUUCGAGAAAGUACAAUUGAGGAAGAAUCUUCCUAAAUCUCUUCAAGAAACCCUAAACUCUGCCUUCGCCGGAAUCCCCGUCUCCUCCUUCCCUCAAGUUCCCGGCGGUAAAGUGAUUGAGAUUCCAGCGGAAACAUCUGUGUCAGAGGCAGUAAAGAUAUUAUCAGACAGCAAGAUUCUUUCAGCUCCUGUGAUAAACACUGAUCACGAGAGUUCUUUAGAUUGGAGAGACAGAUAUUUAGGAAUCAUCGACUAUUCCUCGAUUAUUCUAUGGGUGCUUGAGAGUGCAGAGCUUGCUGCAAUCGCGUUAUCUGCAACGUCAGCAACUGCGGCUGGUGUUGGUGCAGGAGCGGUUGGAGCUCUUGGUGUUGCUGCGCUCGGUGUCACUGGUCCAGUUGCUGUGGCAGGGCUAGCGGCGGCUGCGGUUGGAGCCGCGGUUGCUGGUGGUGUUGCAGCUGACCGUGGGAUUGGGAAAGAUGCUCCAACUGCUGCUGAUAAUUUGGGGAAAGAUUUCUAUCAAGUCAUUCUUCAAGAAGAGCCUUUCAAAUCAACCACUGUUAGAACGAUACUUAAGUCUUUUAGAUGGGCUCCUUUUCUUCCUGUGUCUACAGAGAGUUCAAUGCUGAGUGUUUUGUUGCUACUCUCGAAGUACAGGCUAAGAAAUGUGCCGGUUAUUAAAACGGGAGAACCGGAUAUCAAGAACUACAUUACUCAAUCUGCAGUUGUUCAUGGUCUCGAAGGCUGCAAAGGCAGAGAUUGGUUUGAUCACAUUUCCGCUCUCCCGAUUUCUGAUCUCGGUCUCCCUUUCAUGUCGCCCAAUGAGGUGAUUAGCAUCGACAGCGACGAACUUAUUCUUGAAGCAUUCAAGCGGAUGAGAGACAACAGCAUUGGUGGUCUUCCCGUUGUCGAAGGGCCGAAUAAGAAGAUUGUUGGAAACAUAAGCAUGAGAGACAUCAGAUAUUUGCUUCUACAACCUGAAGUCUUCUCCAAUUUCAGGCAACUCACGGUGAGGACUUUUGCGACAAAGAUUGCAACUAAGGGAGAGGAAUACGGUUUAGCGGUUCCUGCAUUAACUUGUAGGCCUGAUUCGACUUUAGGGAGUGUUAUAAACAGUUUGGCUUCGAAGUCGGUGCAUCGGGUUUAUGUAGGGGCCGGAGAUGAGAAUGAGCUCUAUGGGGUUAUUACACUGAGGGAUGUGAUCUCUUGUUUCGUAUCAGAACCUCCCAACUACUUUGAGAACUGUCUCGGCUUCUCGGUUAAAGAAAUGCUUAACCGAUGA